UUUCUCGUCUCUUUCAAAUCUUGGCCUAAGUUUUUUAAACCCAAACAAGUGUCUCUGUUAUGGAAUAUUGGGUUUCAGCUUCCGAGUGUAACAAAUGGCAGGUUUCUUCAAUCUAGGUGAACGAGAAGAAGACAAAGAGGAGAACCUGAAUUUGUACAGAAGCCAGGAGAUGUGCAACAAAGGGUUCGAGAUAUGGCCAACGCAGCAUAAUAAUUCGUACCAACACCAAAACGUGAUCGCUCGAAGACCUACCGGCUUCAAUCUCUAUGACGAGUCGUCUUCCAGAGCUGUAGGGUUCACGGAUGUGAGAGAAGGAGGCAGCUGCUGCCAAGAUUGUGGAAACCAAGCUAAGAAAGACUGUUCCCAUUUGAGAUGCAGGACUUGUUGCAGAAGCCGAGGGUUUCACUGCCAAACUCACGUUAAGAGUACUUGGGUUCCUGCCGGUAAAAGGCGAGACCAGCAACAACAACAGCAGCAGUUUCGAGGAGAGAAUCAAGGGUUGGAACUGUUUCAGUUCCCUCCAGAAGUGAGCUCUCCAGCGGAUUUCCGUUGCGUGAAACUAAACGCCAUGGAAGAUAUAGAUGAUGACCAAUACGCUUACCAAACCGCUGUGAACAUCGGCGGGCAUGUAUUCAAGGGGAUUCUUUACGAUCAAGGCCCUGAAACUCGUGGCGGUGAAAGCUCUCAGGCUCAGCAACUCAAUCCUGAAACAAGAAUGCUUGAUCCUUUCAUUUCUGGCACGCAGUUCUUCCCACCAGAAAGUCCAUGAUUUACAGGCACGCAUGUAUGUACGUAUGUCUCCAAUGUUCUACUCUUUCUUGUUGGAGGAGAACCCUUUGGACCAAAACUUUGAUUUAGCUCAUCGUUAUCUUAUUAUCUCUGCUACUUUGUACUACGAGUUUGUAGUUUGUUUUAUGCUAACAAUCAUCGAAGUAGAAAGCAUACAAUUUGAAUGAGAAACCGAGUAUG